GGGUCAGAGGCUGCAUCCCCUAGACCUGGGUGGGUCUGGGAGGCCUUUGCAUUGAUGCUAUGUCCUCCAGACUCAGGUGGAAGCGGGAGGUGGGGAGCUGUGAAUCAGGGGCUGUGUCCCAGUCCCAGACUGGGUUGUGUCAGGAGCUAUGUCCCACAGAUCGGGUGGAGUCAGAGCUCUUGCACACUUACAACAAUGUGGACCCUUUUGAUGUGCUGAUCCUGUGUGUUCGAGUGGCCGUGCUCACAGCUGUCACCCUCACUGUCCCCAUUGUCCUUUUUCCGGUGCGGAGGGCCAUCCAGCAGAUGCUGUUCCAGGACAAAGAGUUCAGCUGGCUUCGGCACACGCUCAUUGCUGUCAGCCUGCUGACCUGCAUCAACCUAUUAGUCAUUUUUGCCCCCAACAUCCUGGGCAUCUUCGGGAUCAUUGGCGCCACCUCUGCACCCUGCCUGAUCUUCAUCUUUCCAGCAAUCUUCUACAUCCGAAUUGUGCCCAAGGACAAAGAGCCACUGAAGUCCACUCCCAAAAUAUUGGCCAUAUGCUUUGCAGGGUUAGGUGUUCUCUUGAUGGUCAUGAGCCUGAGCUUUAUCAUCAUUGACUGGAUCUCUGGGAACAACAAGAGUGGUGGCAACCACUAGAACCCAGCCUGGCCUGGGGUCACCCGUCACUCACCCACCUGUGCCAUUGCCUGCCAGGACUGCUAAGCUGCCUGGGCCCUCGGCUGGUGAGGGGGAGGAAGGGAGGACGUUUUUUCACUCAAUGUGUGUUUUUGUCUUUAAUUAUUAUUAUCCCUGUUGAGGAUCUUUUUUUUUUUAAAAAAAAAGGGGGGGGGGGGGGACCAGGCCUUGCAGGGGGUAGAACUGGAAAGGCUAGUACAUUGGGUUCCCUCCCUAAGGGGCAUGGAGGCCUCAGAGGCCGGGCCUUGGGCAUCCUUCAUCUUCCCUCCUGGGGUCUAGGGAGGGCUGAUGCCUCUUAGGAUUUCCCCUGAUUGUCUCCACCACUGACUGCUCCCCUGGGGAGGUGGGGCUCAGCAGGGGACAACCCCUGUGCUCUGAAAGGAUCCAGUGACUCUUCAGUAAAAAUGGGCCAAAUUCUCCUCAUGCUCCUGAGUCCCUGGGUCCCCAGGCCUCCUCUCUUGUCUGCUGGAUAAAGGCAUCUUCCACUCUGUCACCACGUCCCCCUUUCCACGUAGGGUCUAGAAACCAAUUUGCAGGGAAUGGGAGGAAGGGGAUUAGUGUCCAGAGACUUUUCCUGGCCCUAUUUGCUUCUCAUCACUGGGGCUGAAGAGAAUCUUAUUUGUAAGAUCCUAAGGUUCAGCCCUUGGUAGACAGAGCUAGGAAAAGGUUAGUUACCUCCAGCCAACAUCUCAUGCAGACAAUUGGGAGAAAAAUGUAUUCCCAUCACCUCUGGAAAGAGGCUGACUCAGAGAUCACUUGAGCUGUCCUAGUGUCCCCCAAUGUCACCAUUGGUAAGGGAGUUCUAUGGGAUGGGGAAGAUUUACUGCGCCCAGACAGGAAAGGGAGAAUCAAGGAAUGGGAGGCUCCCUUUAUACAGGCAAGGGCAGGCCCUGCCUCUAGGGGCUACCCCUUACACUGACCCUGACCUUCCCCUCCCCCAAGAAGGCUCCUCUGUGGUCUUCCUGGGGGCAGAGGGCUUCACCCACCACAGCUAUCCCCUUAGCCUUGAAGGGGGUGGGGUCUGGAGACCCCAGCAAGACCUUCCUCUGGCUCCCCCUUCCCCACUUUCAUGUAUACUAUUUCUCCCUCCCCGGUCAAUGCUGAUCUCCGCUGGUAGCAGGAGGUCUGUGUGGCAGGAAUCUCCCCCACGGUAGGAAAGUUGUGGUCUCUGCUAUACCUCAACCCAGGCUAGGUAAACUAUGACCAUGGCUGGCUCCAGAGGCUCAAACUCCCAUCCUCAUUUGGCUCUUCUGGGUCUGCGUGAUUGGAAUAGAACAGGCCCCUGGCAGACACCCCUAUGCCAGUCACUCUGCUGUUUGUCUUGCCAAUAUCCCAGUUUUGACUGGUUGGCACCUUAUGAUUGGGGGUAGGCGGAAAGUCGAAAUACUGAGCUGAGGGUCUGUAACUAGAUUGGCUGUGGUCAAUCAUGGAGGAGGGGUUAGCUCAGGUACCUGGGGGUAACAUGUGAGACAAAGCCUUUUUGAGAAAUGCCAUCCAAGGACAUCCUUCGGUCUAUAUUCUGGGAUGUGUCUGGGCUGCCUGGUAUCCAAGUAAUAUACGUGCCUGACUGUAUUACUUAGUGGUUUGUCCAGGUUGGGCCACACAGCCCCGGGAUGAGCAGAGAGAACAAACAGCUGUCAGUAUUGAGAGGGUCCUCGUGCCCAGGUGCAGGAGGCCCCAGCAGGGGGAAACAGGGAGAGUUUUGAAUUCUCAAAGCCAUCCCCCUGACACACACACCUCCCAUUCUGGGUCUAUUCCAUCUCGGGAAUGAGAAUACCCUGCUUAGUCUUAAGCCAGGAGGUGGGAAGAUGAGAGAGUGUUCGGUGCCAACCUCUUCCAAAGGCAUCGGAAGCAGCAUGGAGAGAGGAAUAGCCUUCAGGGUGGGAGCUGGCAGCCUUCAGCCGGAAGCCCCCUGCCCUCCCACCUCCCCAGUGGCUGAGGGAGGGGAGUGAGGAGUGGGCUGAGGAGACGUGAGGUGCAUUUCCCUGGAGUUCAGGGCUAGCCUUGUGAGCCAAGCUCUGGCUUCUGAGAAACUCAGGCCAUGGAGAAGCCUCCCCGUCAGGGAGGUGGGGAAUGGGGGGGAGUGGGAGGGAGCUCCCCCAGGAAAUCCUGAGACUCAGCAAGUUUGGCUCCCUGCUGAGCGGGCCAUGAGAGGGACCAGUGCCCUCUCUCACAGGUUGCAUUUCCAACCCUCUAUCCAAGUGAGCUCCAAACUUGGAAACACUGAAAUCCAGCCCCCACUGACACACCACAGACCUUCUUAAGAACAAUAAAAGUCGGUGAAAACUGAG